ACCAGUCUCUCUUGUGAAGAAGCCACUGUGGGAAGUAUCAGCACUGUGGAAUGAGGCAGAUCCAGGGAGCAUGGCAAGACUGAACUGAGAUGGCCCAGUGACUCUACUUUGGAAGAAACCAGCCUUCAACUUGACUUAGUGUGGAGCCUGGAGUCGGGGCUGUGAAGAAACAGAUAAGCAGCUGUCACCUUGUGAAGAGCUCAAAGACACAAGAAAGCCAAGCUGCACUUCCACUCUUCUUGUCAAGCUGACGCAUUUAAUGGACUUCAGACACCAAAGGGAUUGUUAAUCAUCAGAAAAUUUGUAACUCAACUAGCAUGGAUAUGAGAAGACUUCCGGGUUGCAUACUUUUGACUUUUAUUCUUGCUUUAUCUGAAGCUGAGCUAUUGAAGAAAAUCUUGAGGCAUCGAAAGCAGACUGUGCUGUCCUCAAAUGAACAUAAUAUCAGCAUCCCCAAUACAAACAAGUCUGUGUUAUUCAACCAUGUUUACAACAUCCAUGUUCCUGCCAGUGCCCUCUGUACUGUAGACCUGGAUGCCUCAAAAAGCACAAAGAAGCAUCGUAUGAACGCAGCAGCCUCAGCAGGCCAAGCCAUCACCGAGCACACUAUCAAUGGAGAGAACCAAAUUGUCUUUACUCACCGCAUUCACAUUCCUCGUCAGGCCUGUGGAUGUGCUGAAGACCUGCCUGUAUUGAAGGACCUUCUGAAACGUUUAGAGAUGCUCGAGGGACAAGUUUCAGCUCUAAAACAGCAGUGUAGUGUUGGCUCUCCAUGCUGCAAUACACAAGCAGCAGGUGACGUGGAAACCAAGCCUUACUGUAAUGGCCAUGGAAACUUCAGUGCUGAAAUGUGUCAAUGUGUCUGUGAACCUGGCUGGAAAGGACCCAACUGUACCCAAUCAGAAUGUCCCCAGAACUGCAGAGACAAGGGCCGGUGCGUACAGGGGAGCUGUGAGUGCUUGAAAGGCUUUUCUGGAGAGGACUGUUCUGUGGAGGCUUGUCCUGUGCCCUGUGGGACACAUGGACAGUGUGUGGGAGGCCUAUGCGUCUGCUCUGACGGUUUCUUUGGAGAAGACUGCUCACAGACAAAAUGUCUAAACAACUGUUUUGGUCAUGGUCGCUGUGUUGAUGGAGAGUGUAUUUGUGAUCACCCCUGGAGUGGAGUGGAUUGUGCUGAGAUCACAUGCCCCAAUGGCUGCUACAACAAUGGGCGCUGUGUAAACGGUACCUGCUUUUGUGACAAGGGCUACACAGGGCUGGACUGUGGGGCACGCACUUGUUUUAAUAAUUGCCAUGGGAACGGUUUCUGUGUGGAGGGCAAGUGUGUUUGCACAGCCGGAUACAGUGGAGAAGACUGCUCUCAGCUCACUUGUCUCAAUGACUGCAGUGGCAGAGGCUCGUGCUUCAAUGGCGUCUGUAUCUGUGAUUUGGGCUACCAAGGAGAGGACUGCAGCCAGUUAGCAUGUGUGAACAACUGCAACACACGUGGACAAUGCAUAAAUGGACAAUGUGCAUGUGAUGUAGGUUUUCAGGGUGAGGAUUGUUCUGAGCUGUCCUGUCCCAGUAGCUGUCACCACAGGGGGCAGUGUGUGAAUGGGCAAUGCGUCUGUCAUGAGGGCUUCACAGGAGAGGACUGUAGCAUCAGAACCUGCCCUUCAGACUGCUUCAGCAGAGGCACAUGCAUCAAUGGACUGUGUAGAUGCUACGCUGGCUUUAGUGGACAGGAUUGCAGCCAGCUGAGCUGUCCCAACAGCUGUAAUCACAGAGGCAGCUGCAUUGACGGACAGUGUAUUUGUGAGGAGGGCUUCACUGGAGAAGACUGCAGUCAGAGAGCUUGUCCCAACGACUGCAUGAAAAGAGGCUACUGCCUUGAUGGCACUUGCAUCUGUCAAGAAGGCUACUUUGGUGAUGACUGUUCUGGUCUAGUCUGUCCUGAUAACUGCAAUGAGAGAGGGCGCUGUGUCAAUGGGAAAUGCUCCUGUGUGAGUGGAUAUGAAGGGGAAAGCUGUGCAACAAUAAGCUGCCUCAACAAUUGCCACAACAAUGGCCAGUGUGUAGACGGUCAGUGUCUCUGCGAGGAGGGAUACAUGGGACAGGACUGCUUUGAUGUAUCUCCACCAAAGGACCUCACGGUGGGCAAUGUUACUCAGGAAACGGUGGACCUCUCUUGGUCCAAUGACAUGUUGGUGACAGAGUACCUUGUGACAUCCACCAGCUCUGGGGGUCUGUACCAGCAGUUCACAGUUCCUGGAGACCAAACUUCUGCCACUGUCAAAGAACUGGAGCCAGGCAUUGAGUAUCUUAUCAAUGUCUAUGCUGUUUUAAGCAGCAAAAAGAGUGUGCCAGUCAGUGCCAGGGUGGCUACUCUUUUGCCUCAACCUGAGGGUGUAAGAUUCACAUCAAUAAGAGAGACUUCAGUUGAAGUAACAUGGGACAAGCUAGAAGUCCCUUUUGAUGGCUGGGAAAUAUUUUUCCGCAACAUGAAAGAAGAAAAUGGAAAAAUUGUGAAUACACUUCCACCCUCACAAAACCAGUUUGUCCAGACAGGUCUUGGCCCAGGGCAAGAGUAUGAAGUUUCAAUUAACAUUAUUAAAAACAAUACAAGAGGACCACAGACCUCGAGAAGAGUGACAACAAGGAUCGAAGGACCUCAGCAGCUGCAGUUGAAGGACGUGACGGCAUCCUCUGCUCUCAUCAGCUGGUCUAAGCCAGUGCCUCCCACAGACAGGGUCAUUAUGUCCUAUGCACCAAGCUCCGAUCCCUCAGACCAAACCAGUGUAGAGAUCUUCUCUCCAGAUCACCAGAGCAGCAUUGAAGGGCUGAGGCCAGACACCGAGUACACAGUUUCCCUUGUGUGCAGGACAGGUGACAGCAGCAGUGAUCCUGUCAAUGCAACAUUUACCACAGCUCUGGAUGCUCCUAGAGACCUCCACGCUGUCUCACAGUCUGACAGUACUCUCACCGUGCAGUGGACCAACAGUCAGGCUGAUGUAGGAAGCUACCGUGUGAAGUACAGCCCCAUCUCUGGAGCCACACAUGGAGAAGAGCUGUUUCGGCAAGGACCCGGUGACACCACAACAGCUACAAUUACUGGAUUGUUACCAGGAACAGAGUAUGGCAUUGGAGUAACGGCUGUGAAAAAUGAGAGGGAAAGCAUCCCUGCUACCACAAAUGCUGACACAGCCCUGGACCCUCCCACAAGCUUUGAGAAAAUGGAUGGUACAGAGACAUCACUUACAUUGACAUGGCAGAAACCUCAGGCGAAGGUGACUGGAUACAAACUGGGGUAUGUGUCUGAAGAUGGUCAGUUUGAGGAGUUUGACCUGCCCGGCACAGCUGAUACCUUUGUGGUACCCAAUCUAACUGCUGGGACCACCUACACCUUCACACUAACUGCAGAGAGAGGCCAAAAGAAGAGUGCUCCUGCUACUGUGUCAGAGUCCACAGCACGCAGAUCCACCUCUCCUGAUGUACUUUCACUGACAAUUAAAGAUGCCCCCUCAACCCCACAGUCUGAACUGGAUUCUGGAACAGUCCAUGCCCCAGACCCCAGUAUCCUGGACUCUGAUAGAACCUCCACCAAUGACGUAAAUGUAAUGGGCUCUGGGGCGGAGCCUGACAACUCUAUAAUGGAGGAAGUUAUCUUUGCAAAUCUAACAGAUACACAGUUUCCUGACGACACACUGCCAGGAAGAGUGACUAAAGACAAAAGUCAUAAACACAAAGAGUAUCCAUUACAAGGGGUCUUACAAGAGAACAGUUCUUUACUUCUGCACACACCCUCUCUUAAAGAGGAGCUGAAUUCUUUGGUGCUUAACCUCUCUGACAUUACAUGGGACAGCCUCACUGCAUCCUGGGGUCCCAUGGGUGGGGAUUUUGACAGCUUUGUCAUAGAGGUAACCAACAUGGACAACAUGGCAGAGAGCCAGAACCUCACUUUGUCUGGUGGUGCUUUCAGUCUGGUUCUAUCUGGACUGACUCCCAACACCACCUACGUAGUUGGAUUAUAUGGGAUGUAUCAGGGUUCUUUCCUUGAACCGACUUACUCUGAGGCCACAACAGUGAGUGAACCUGUGGUCAGCAAACUCUAUGUGUCUAACAUAACUUCAGAGAGCUUUACAAUACACUGGAAUGACACUGAAGGACAGGUGGAUGGUUUCACACUGGAAAUUAUUGAUUCUGAUUGGUUAACAGAGCCUCAGGAAUAUAACUUAUCCCGAAAUGUACAAUCCCAUGACAUCACAGGGCUCAGGCCCAGCACUGACUAUAUAGGCUACCUCUAUGGGACGUACAAGGGAUCUCGAACCACUGCCGUCAGUAUUGUUGCAUCCACAGCUGAAGAGCCUGAUUUGUUCAAUCUCGUUGUCAGUAAUAUUACCUCAGACCGCUUCACUCUCUCGUGGCAGACACAGGACAGGUCCUUUGAAAACUUUGUAGUUGAAGUGAGAGAGUCUGCAGUGCCCUCUCAGGCAAUGGGACGUGUCCUGCCUGGAGACAUUCAUACCACAGUCAUGACUGGACUAAAAUCAAGCACGAGCUACAAUAUUAAGCUUUACACAAGCAGCAAUGACCUCUCUGUAGAGCCCCUAUAUGCUGUGGCUAUUACAGAGGACAUCCCACAGUUGGGGACCAUAGCUGUUUCUUCAGUGAGCCCACACAACCUCAGCUUGUCCUGGAAUACACUUUCAGGCCAUUUCGAUGGCUUUGUUGUCCGGGUCAGUGACUCUGAGCGGCACUAUGAUGCACUGGAGUUUACUCUACCAGGAGAUGUCCGUAAUUUUACUGUGUCCAACCUGAUGGAUGCUACUGACUAUGAUAUUCAAUUGUACGGUAUUUCACAUGGGCGCCAUACUAACGCUGUGUUAGCACAGGCCACAACAGCUUCUUUACCUAAAGUGGAAAACUUGACUAUCUCCAACAUAACUCCUUAUGGGUUCCGUGUAUCAUGGGAGGUCAAGUUGCAGCAGCAGCAGGACAGUGUUGCGCCCUCUAGUGGUGGGUUCAGCCAUUUUAACAUAGUAGUGACAGACUCCGGCUGGCUGCUGGAGCCUCAGGAGCACAGUGUCCCGGGCGACCGCAGUCACCUGGACAUCUCUGGCCUCAUCACGGGCAUAGGCUACGAGGUCAGACUGACCGGAGUGUCAGAGUCCGGUCUCCUCUCUCGCCCUCUCACCACAGUGGCUGCGACAGAGGCGGAGCCUGAGGUGGAGCAGCUCUUUGUGUCUGAUGUCACAGCAAACAGUUUCCGUUUGUCUUGGACGGCCGAUGAGGACAUGUUUGACAGAUUUUUGAUCAAACUAAGAGACAGUAAAAGAGUAGCACACCCACAAGAGUACAGCGUCCAUGGUGCUGAACGAACCCUGGUUUUAAAAGGACUGAUGGGUGGCACUGAGUAUGAAAUUGAAUUAUAUGGAAUCAAGUUGGGCUGGCGGUCCCAGGGUAUUACUGGCAUUGCCCAAACAGGUCUGAGCACUCCACAGGGACUUCGUUUCUCUGAAGUGACAGAUUCUUCAGCCGUUGUUCACUGGGCCAAGCCUCAGUCUCCUGUGGAUAAUUACCGCAUCACCUAUAUGCCAUUUGAAGGAGGAAGUCCGCUGCUGUUGACUGUGGAUGGCAGCGUGUUUGAGGCUUUGCUGCCCAAUCUGACUCCUGGUAAAAUCUACCAAGUGACAGUGAAUGCAGUGAAGGGCCUGGAGGAAAGUGACUCCAGCACCAACGUUGUGACCACUGCAUUAGACAGACCUGGACAUCUUAAUGCAGUAAACGUCACUGAUGUUUCUGCUACGCUGCUGUGGCAGCCUUCUGUGGCUAAAGUGGAUGGUUAUGUGAUUACUUACCGGUCUGAUACAGCUCCCCCGGUGGUGGAACAUGUUACUGGAGACACAGUACAGUUUGAGAUGGCCUCUCUGGCUCCGGCCACACACUACACUGUGACUCUGCAAGCAGUAAAAGAGGCUCUGAAAAGUGACUCUGCCGUUACAGAAUUUACCACGGAUAUAGACCCUCCGCGGGCCUUGACUGUUGCUAAUAUUCAGAUGGACAGUGCCUCUCUGACCUGGAGCCCCCCCCAGGCAGCAGUCACAGGAUACAGUCUGAGCUUCUCCUCUGCUGAUGGGACCAUCCGAGAGGUUGUGCUAAGCCCCACUGCUACAUCCUACAACAUGGAUGAGCUGACAGGCUCCACUGAGUACACUGUACAACUGAUGGCCAUAGCUGAGACCCAGAAGAGUCAAGCCAUUAGCGCCGUAUUCAGCACCACUGGACAGCGGUACAGAUACCCAAAGGACUGUGCUCAGAUAUUCCUAAGUGGAGAGACCGACUCUGGCCUAUACACCAUUUAUGUAGCAGGAGAGGAGAGCCAGCCGCUCCAGGUCUACUGUGAUAUGACCACUGAUGGAGGUGGAUGGAUGGUUUUCCUUAGACGUCAGAAUGGAAAGUUGGAAUUUUUCAGAAAUUGGAAGAAUUACACAGCCGGUUUUGGCAAUAUGAAUAAUGAGUUUUGGCUUGGUCUUUCCAACCUGUAUAAAAUUACAUCUUCUGGACAUUACGAGCUCCGUGUGGACCUGAGAGACAAAGGGGAGUCUGCAUAUGCACAGUAUGACAAGUUCACUAUUGCUGAGCCAAGAACGAGAUACAAAAUCUAUAUAGGGGCAUAUAGUGGGACAGCAGGUGACUCGAUGACGUACCACCAAGGGAGACCGUUUUCUACUUUUGACAAUGAUAAUGACGUUGCUGUUACCAACUGUGCCUUGUCAUAUAAAGGCGCUUUCUGGUAUAAAAACUGUCAUCGCGUUAAUCUCAUGGGAAAAUAUGGUGAUAGCACUCAUAGUAAGGGUAUAAACUGGUUCCACUGGAGGGGCCAUGAACAUUCAAUUGAAUUUGCUGAGAUGAAGAUAAGACCAGCCGACUUCAGAAAUGGUGAAAAUGGAAAGAAACUUAACUAACCCAUGAGAUCUCUUAGUUUCAUCACAUUAAAAGUUCCACUUCACUGCUCAAACACUUGCACUGGAUUUAACUCAGAUGAGUGUAAAAAAAAAAAAGAAGAAACCAAAGAUUAGCUGAGGCCCAUCUCGUCUAGCCAGAUUGGUGCUGUAAUGUGAUUGUAUAGUAGUCUUGAGAUUGUAUGCAAUUUUAUGUUUGUCUCUAAAUUGAACCAAAAGUAUGUACAAAAUCAAUACAAAGAUAUAGUGUAUAAUGGGUCAUAGGGACAUACUCCUCUUCACCAUCUCCAGAGCAUGUGCUACAUUUCUUCUCUUUCCUACUAACACAACAAUGGGUUUAAAAUGCAAAAAUAAAGUCAUGGUAAUGGUCCUGGUCACAAUUACUUUACAAGUGAGCAAAUAUUUUACAGUGACUCUAUUAUUUUUAAUCACAUUAAUCACAUUUGCUUGCUUUUAUUACUUUCUGAACUCCUAAAUUCGGCUACAGAUUUGCAGCACUGCAGUCUUAUGUUACAGCUCCCUUCCAGCAGAUGGCGGUGUUCGUUAUUAUUUCAAUGACAUAUUUCCUUUGUAAAUGUGUGUCUUGCUUCUUCAUUACCUACGGUCAUCUAAUGUUUAUCCAAAUAAGUUAUAUUUAAUUUUACCGUUAUGUUUCUAAAAAAAAAAAAGCAUUUUUUUAUUUUUUUAUUUAACAACACAGUGUCACAGUCAAUCACUUGAGAUUUUGUUAAUUUCCCUUAUAAAAAUCGACAUUGAUUGUGACAUUGAUUCAUGUUUAAUUAAUGGAUGAACAAAGGACAAAUACAUAUUGGGUUUGUGUGAGUCUAUUCAGUGACCUGGCAAGCUUGGGGCUGGGUCUUCACAGGGAGAAACUUCAUCUGCUUGAUCACGACUGGGGCACACUUUAAACCACCUUUUGGCAGCGAUUUCCCAUGGGUCCUAUCAUCCUAUCAUGUCAUAUUUCUGUUGGAACAUUUCAAUGUGACACAGGAAUGCAGCCAAACAUAUACAAGCUCAGAGCUGGGAGUUUUCCACAUUGAGGUCUGACUUUUGAAAUCACAGUUGACCUGGAUAUCAUUUCCAAAGCUCAAAUUUCAUGCUCUCAUUUGAGUUUCAAAAAGUGGAGCAUGAUUAUGAGAUGAACCUGUUUAAUAUGCAACCUCAAUGCUUUAUCUAUAUAGAUGACUGAUGGCUCACAAUUGUAAAUAUGUCAGUUAUUUUUAUUCAAAAUUUAUUAUCUCACUUUAUUGCCCUGAUAUAUUUUACUGUAGUUCGAUAAGAGAAGCAAAGUUGAAAUAUGAACAGUAACUUAAAGGACCACUACAUAAGGUUUUUGAUCAAAAAUCCCCCACCUACGUGUCUCUAUGGAGUUAUUGCUGUCACUGUAAUGUUUCACAGAAUGACAUAAAGCUUCUAUGUCAUUACAUUUACUUAAUGACAUGUGUCUUUAUCAAUUCAAAACAUACAUUCCUCUCUGUAAGCGGGGUCACCUCGCCACAGAUCUGAGCUAUAAUUUCAUCUGCCUGCUUGUACCCAAGAAGAUAGAACGUUCCAGGCAAAGCAAUAAAAUCUCCAUGAGACGAGCAGGUGGUGGACCCUACAACAGAAAAGUGUGACACACAUGAUACUGUAAAUAAAAACAGACGUUUUCCAAAAGCAAAGCUUA